GGACAAUGGAAGUGCGAGUGUCGAGAAUCCUGAACCGUGUGUUGAGUGCCCGCGAGCGGAGACGGUUCGAAACGUUCCGGAUGUUACCGUUGAACGCGAUCGAUCCGUUGUUAAAACGGCGGGUGAUGCAUGAUUUUGACAUCCAGUUGUACGAGUAUGAGCAAUCUCUCAACGGGAAACAACCGGCGGCUCCACUUGACCUUGUCAGCGUUGGUAGCGCAGCGGAGAACAUUUCCGUUCAGUUCGAUGUUCCUCCAGCGGAAUCAAACUACGAUUCGCAGGGUAGCUACGCAACUAUAAGCACAUUUGAAACAAGCUCAAAACUCUCCGAAGCGCUAGAAGAAGAUGAGGUAUAAUUGGUUUUGUUAGUUUCACGAACCACCGAUACAC